UAUCCUGGCCCGCCAGAAGCCCAGGAUUCAGAAGGUCAUUCCGUCCCGAGGUCCAGUCGAAGGAGGCGUCGAGAUCACUCUGUUGGGUAGCGGAUUCUUCCCGGGAAUGGUUCCGACAUUCGAUGGAGUCCCAGCCCUGAGUGUACAGUACUAUGGUCCGGAAACGAUGAUCUGUCGCCUUCCACCACGCAACUUUCCGGGAUCUGUCAUCGUCAAGGCGCAGAACCCUUUGACCGCGCUGGCUUCGUCUGCAUCCGGAUCAGGGUUGGGCGCUGGAAAAGACGACGCUACCAGCAACGGUUUGGUCAGGACGAUGACGCAGCUUUUUGGAGGACCGUCGGGUGCGCCAGGCAGUAGCCUUCUCCUGGGAGACGACGAUGUGGGCGUGUAUUUUGAGUACGAGGAGAGCAAGGGCGACCGCGACCUGAUAGCUCUGGCAUUACAGGUUCUGGGUAUGAAGAUGAAUGGACGCGUAGAACCUCCGCACCAGGUUGCCAUGCGUAUCAUGGACACAGCCGCGGCGUCAAACGUCAUCAUGGGUCAAAACGGACCUUCGUCGCAAGCACAGCUUCAAUUGCCACAGCAACCACAACAGUCAUUAUUGGGAUUCGGGAAUUUCCAGUCGAAUAUGCUGCAGCAAAAUGCUCUUUCACACCAGGCACAGCUCCUGCAGCAAACUCAGCAACCCCAGUCCCUGCAACUACAACAGCAGCAGCAGCAGCAGCAGACGCCAUUUGGUGUACUACAGGCUCAGAGCGGUUCAAUGGCCAAUGGCUCAGUGCUGGGCACAGGCAUGCUGGGCUUUGGAAACUUUUUGAACUCGAUGGGCGGAUCAAACGGCAGCGGCCUCUAAUCGAUCCUCACUCCUUUAUUAUACUAUCAUCCCCCAAUCCCUUCCUUCGUCCACAUUUAUUGAGAUAUACCCUUUUCCCUUCGUCUACGCGUUCUGCUGUCCGUUAUUUCUUGCGAUUUUUUUUUUUAUUUUUUGUAGUUGUUGCUGUUGUUGUUUUCUUGCUGUUAUCUCUCUUGUAAAUUAUAAUUGUUGUCUGCAUUAAAGUCCUGCUGUAAAGGUGAACCGGCGA